UGCUGGGGGAAGACUGGGAGGUCGCAGAAUGAACUGCAGAAGGGACAGACAGUUCAGAGAUGGGCAGAGAUGGCAUGAGUGUUGCUCAUUUGCAUAAAAUUUGCAUAUUUGAUUUCAAAUCUCUUUUCAAAGUGGGGAAACAGGCAGAAAUCCCAUUCUUGUAGCCCUUGGUCACAGCCAACAACAUCAUGGAGAUUGCGCCAAGGGCAGAGUCUGCUAAAGCCAUCAAGCCAAUAGACCGUAGAUCGGUUCACCAGAUUUGCUCCGGACAAGUAGUGCUGAAUCUAUGUACAGCGGUGAAAGAGUUGGUGGAAAAUAGCAUAGACGCUGGCGCUACGACUGUGGAAGUAAAGCUGAAAGAUUAUGGAGCAGAUCUCAUUGAAGUUUCUGAUAACGGUUGUGGUGUCGAAGAGGAAAACUUUGCUGGCUUAACUCUAAAACAUCAUACAUCCAAGAUACAAGAUUUCUCUGACCUCAUAAAUGUUGAAACGUUCGGCUUUCGAGGUGAAGCGCUGAGUUCUCUAUGUGCAUUAAGCGAUGUUUCCAUUUUCACCUGUCACAUGUCCGCAAAGGUUGGAACACGCCUGGUGUUUGAUCACAGCGGGAAAAUCACCCUGAGGGUCCCUUAUCCCCGUCAACAAGGGACAACGGUCAGUGUGCAGCAGUUGUUCCAUACAUUGCCAGUGCGGCAUAAAGAAUUUCAGCGCAACAUAAAGAAGGAGUAUGCAAAAAUGGUUCAGGUAUUGCAAGCCUACUGCAUCAUUUCGACAGGAGUUCGAAUUACUUGCACCAACCAGGUUGGUCAAGGGAAGAAGCAACCUGUUGUAUGCACUAAUGGGAACUCUAAAGUAAAAGAAAACAUUGGAGCAAUAUUUGGGCAAAAGCAGGUGCAAAGCCUGAUCCCAUUUGUUCAGCUGCCUCCUAGUGAUGAUAUCUGUGAGGAAUAUGGUCUGAAUCCUGCUGAUAUUCCCACUAGGCUUUAUACUAAAGAGAUGUUUGCUAAAAUGGAAAUCAUUGGCCAGUUCAAUUUGGGAUUUAUCGUAGCCAAGCUGAACUCCGACCUCUUCAUCAUUGAUCAACAUGCUUCUGAUGAGAAAUACAAUUUUGAGCAAUUGCAAGAGCAUACGGUUCUGCAGGGACAGAGACUCAUCUCACCUCAGAAUCUGAAUUUAACUGCUGUAAAUGAAAGUAUCUUGAUAGAAAACCUGGAAAUCUUCAGAAAAAAUGGAUUUGAUUUUGUCAUCGAUGAAGAUGCUCCUGUAACCCAAAGAGUAAAACUCAUUUCUCUGCCAAUGAGCAAAAACUGGACAUUUGGUCCCCAAGAUAUAGAGGAGUUGAUCUUCAUGUUGAGUGACAGCCCGGGAGUGAUGUGCAGGCCUUCCAGAGUCAGGCAGAUGUUUGCUUCUAGAGCUUGUCGAAAGUCUGUGAUGGUUGGAACAGCACUUAAUGUGAAGGAAAUGAAGAAAUUGAUCGUCCACAUGGGUGAGAUUGAGCAUCCUUGGAACUGUCCCCAUGGAAGGCCUACAAUCAGGCAUAUCGCCAAUUUGGACUUGAUUUCGCAAGAAUAACAACAAGCUUUCUCCGUUUCGUUUUGAAACUUAGCCUUUUUCUUUAUUCUGAAAGCCAUUCUGAUUUUUUUUGGAAUCCUGGUUGAUCAUGAAACUUGUAAUUCUGACUAAGCGAUCGCUCAAUAUGGUAUCAUGUCGCUAGCAAAGAUCCAAAGUCGUUUUCCUUGGUUGUGUUUAUACUUUUGGGGAAAAUAUAAUUUUGCUGUCCCCUUUUUACGUCUUGUUUAUUAUGUGCAAUGGAUUGAAGUGGCAUCCAUAGUAAAGGUUGCUUUUUUGCUGGCUCCAUUAGUGAGAACAGGGAAGUUAAGGGGUGAUUAUAUUCAAUUUAGCGGUGGGGAGGGCAGAAAAAGAUUAUGGGUCUAGAUCAGGCCUGGGUAAAUUUGGGCCCUCCAGGUGUUUUGGACUUCACCUCCCACAAUUCCUAAUAGCCUCAGGCCGCUUCUUUUUACCCUUCAGUCGCUUAAAGCCUGGAUUAGACAGAGAGGCAAUAGUGUUUACCUCUGCACAUACAAAGAAUUGCUUAUCCAUUAUCACAACUUGAUUGACCUCAUGUUUUAUACUAGAAUAUACACACACACACACACACACACACAUCUAUUCCAGUAUUCAUUAAAUUGUUUUUAAUUCUU